AUGAGGAAGCAUGCUAUUCUUACAAAGAAGGAAUUGAGGUUUCAGAAGAAUACAAGGCAGAAGGUAAAGGUGGUGUGCAUUACAAGUCCAGGGUGUUCAUUCACGGUAUAUGCAUCUACUCCAGAUAAAGAUAACCCAACCAUUCAGAUCAAGACCUUCAAACCAGAACACAAAUGCUCGAGUGUGGAGGGAAGGGUGUACCACUGUCAUGCUCCGUUUAUUGCUGAUGAGUAUGCAAAUUUUUUCAUGAAUGAUCCCAAUUGGACAAGGGAAGGGGUUCAAAAUGCAGUGGGAAAAGACUUUGGCAUGGAUAUAGGAUAUCAGAUGGCCUACAGAGCUAAGAGGAGGGUUGUUAAGUUAGCUCAAGGUAGUCAUGAGGAUCAGUAUAAUCUCCUUGAGAGCUAUGCAAAUGAGUUAAAGAAAAAGAACCCAGGUACCUCUGUAUGGAUUCAAAUAGAGAUAGAUGGAGAUAUAACAAGGUUUAAGAGGAUUUAUAUAUGCGUGGAGCCUUUGAAGAUUGGUUGGAGGGCAGGGUGUAGGCCAAUCAUUGGGUUGGAUGGCUGCCACCUUAAGGGUGUUCACAAAGGCCAAUUAUUGACGGCCACUGGCAUUGAUGGGAAUAAUGGAAUAUAUCUUAUUGCAUGGGCAAUAGUGGAGAAAGAAUGCAGAGAUAGCUGGACCUGGUUUUUGGAGUUACUGAGAGUGGACCUUCAAAUAUACCACAGUGUGCAUUAUGCUUUCAUGUCUGAUAAACAGAAAGGUCUAGAGCGAGCUAUCAAGGACUUAUUCCCAUUCUCAGAACACAGAUACUGUGUUAGACACCUCCACAACAAUUUCAAAGGUGAUGGCUUUACUGGUUUAGAGCUGAAACAGAAAUUAUGGGCUGUUGCAAGAGCCACCACAAUGAGGCAGUUUCAGCAUGCAAUGGAGGAGUUAAAGAAAUCAUUUGUUGGGGCAUGGGGAUGGUGCAUGGAUAGACCAGCAAAACAUUGGUCUAAGUCACACUUUAAGGAACACUUCAAGUGUGAUUUACUUCUAAUUAACCAUAGUGAGUCAUUUAAUAAGAGUCUGUUGGAAGCUAGGAAAAAGCCUAUUCUUAGGUGUUUGGAGGAUAUCAGGACAAGUGCAAUGGUAAGGUGGAGCCAUGAAUAUAGGGCUCUUGAAUCAAGUGAGAUGAGGUUUGAAAUUCAUGGAAGAGGUGUUGAUUGUGCAUCUGGUGUCAUUGCUCAGCACUCAGUGCAAUUGGACACCAAAAGUUGUACCCGCAGAAGAUGGGAUGUUAGUGGACUCCAUUGUGGUCAUGCUAUUACAGCCAUUUAUUCAAAGGGCAGAUCACCAGAUGACUUUGUAGAUGAGCAUUACAGAAUGGACAAAUACCUAAAGGCAUAUGAGCCAGUGAUCAACCCCAUUGCUGGUGUUAAUGAAUGGGAGAUUAUCCAUAGGCCUAUUGUUGCACCCUUGUAUAGGGCACAACCAGGAAGACCCAAGACGAAAAGAAACAAAGAGCCAGGAGAAGAACCACCAGCUGCUGGUUCUGAGAAGCUCCCAAGGAGUUUUUAUUCUCAGGUCAAGUGUGGGAGAUGCCAUAAAAAGGGCCACAAUGUCAGGACCUUCCCGAGAAGAAAUCAGGAGAACGGUGAAAAUGAGCUGCCUCCAAAAGAUGGUGCAAAUGUCCUGCCUCCAGUUCAUGGUGAAUAUGUGUUCCCUCCAGAAGAUGCUGCAAGUGUGCAGCAGCAGAUUGAAAUUGGGGAAGUUCAAGUUCCAAAAAAUGUAGAGGUGCCUCAGGUCAUUCAUCAACAACCACAAGUAAUUUCUGAGAAUUUUAGUCACAAUGUGAUAAUUGAUGUGGAACUCGUCACUGGAAUGCAAUCACAAACUUCAACAAAUACUGUAUUGCAACCACAUCCACAAGGUGCCUCCAAGUUAGUAUUCUCAGGAAAGAGAUUCAAGUCACCAGCAAGAAGGAUCAAACCAGGAAAGAAGCAUGCAGACGGUUCUAGUUCUGCCACAAGCUCUGGGACUGAUUCAAGAAAGCCCACAUGGAAGUACUGA